AUCUGGCGUGAUUUCUAAUUCAGCACUUAUCUUUGACAGCCAGAAAGAAAAACAAACCAUUGCUGACAGAUUAAUGCAGGUUGGCGUGUCGGUGUUGAAAACACAGACAAAAUCGAACAGAAUUUGUAGGCCUUGUGUGCGGUUACUAACGAGAAUGGAACAGGACCUGCCGGUGUUCCGAAGAUGGGUGCAGGAGGAGGGAGCAUCCACCACGACUUCAGAUACCUCUGGUUCUACACAGAAACGUGACCGCGAGCCGACUCCAUCCAAAACACCAAGGGCAUUGAAAAAGUUCUGUGAUAAACCAGCAAGUCCGGGAAAAGGGGCUGCCGUUCGUGUCAACAUCGCCCAGGUCAUUUCUGAUCAAGAGGUGCACAAAUCUGAGAAUGCUUUGUUGGUGAAACACAUCAUGAACAAAAAAUGGAAAGCAGCGGCCAAACUAAUCAUGAAGCAUGAGGAGCUUUCACAGGAAGUGAAGGCCAGCAUCCUUACAGUCAUUGAAAGUGAAUCCAGAGCACUCUGCGACCCCAGCAAGAAAUGCAUGUUGUGGAGGUCUUCACCAGAAGAUUUGAGUUCUUUCUCAUUUAGCAGCCUGGAGUCAGACCUGCAGCGCCUCUCACCACUCCUCUUGUCCAUCUUCACAACCAUCACAAAACACUCACGUUUUGUCACCUGUGCUGCUGCUGCAAUUGCAUUAAGAGGUAGAGAAAAUCGCCUGUCUGGGUUCGCUUACUACAUCAACUGCAUUCUGCAAUAUGGGGGUGCAAAGAAAGCAGUGUUUGAAAGGCUCAGCAAAUUUGCCAUUUCAACAACAUACAAGAAUGCUAUUGGAAAGCAGAAGGAAUUGGCAAACAAUUGUGGAUCUGGUCUUUGGUCAUUGAAGAGGCAAAACGAAGAAUUCCUGGCAAUGGAAGCUGGGUGUCAGCCUGUCAGUGAAGAGCAGGACGAAACCUCCAUAGAUGCCUGGACGGAGUCUGAGAUGAUACCCGGUGAUGUGUUCCGAAGUAUGGAAGACCUUACAAUAUCAGAUUUGGCUGAAAGCUGUGCCACAGACCAGGCCACAUCAGGGGAAGGGAUCACAUCUGAGCUGGCUGAAAACGUCACGGAGCAGGCAACAUCAGAUAAAGAGUUGAGGACCUCAUCAGAGUUGACUGAAGGAAGUGCCGUGGACCAGGGUUCUGGACAUGAUUACCCAUUAGGACUGCUUUUCAAGGAUGAAAACAAAUCUGCCGAUUUGGCAGAAGUACUUCAUCACUUUCAGAACACGUAUGUACCAAAACAGCCUGAUGGGAUUUCAACCAUUUUGGUUGGAGGCGACAGGCUUUCCGAAGCAAAUAGCAGAAACCUGCAGUGGGCCUAUGCCAAUGGUCUGAAUACGGAGGAGCGAUUGGAUGGCAUGGAAUUCAUGUUUGAGGACUGGCAUGCGAUUAGGAUGCUAUUUCAAAUCCACUACAAAGUGUUCUUCAGUGAGAAAUCUGCAAAGGACCAUGGGACUCUGUGCGCCAACAUGACAAAGUUGAGGUGCAGCAAUGCGAAACAGGGUCCCAAGGCUGCCUACAACGCAUACAAACAUUUUGUCAUCACAGACACUACUGCGCUGCUUCUGACGGCUGCCAUGGAGCACUUUGGCCUGAAGGAUAUCGAAGAAAUCCCGGAAUCGUUUGUUCCUGAGGACAUUGCAUCAGGAUCAACAGACACGAGGCGAACAUGGUUGCAUGCCAAAUCUGCUGAGGUGGUCGAUAAGUACAUCCUGCUUGGGGAUGCGGUUGAGGCCAUGACUGGUCUCGGCGAAGCAGAUGUGACAUCGACUCAGGCAACGCAGUACCCUUGUCGAGCGCCAGGCUGUCAGCAGGUAUACACCUAUCCCAAAUCCAGAGACAAUCACGAGCUUAAAAAGCACAACUUACACGUGUCCCCCGAAACAUUGCCUGGUACAUCACUCAACAAAGACCACAAGCAGGAACAUACCUUGGCGCGUCUCAGCUUCAGCUUUCUCCUUUGGGACAUGCUGGAUGCUGUGAAAGAGGGUGACGGAGAACGACUGAUGAGGCUGUACAAAGUAGCUCUGCUCUUCUACAAAGCCCAUGCGCACAGCCACUAUGCAUACAGUACGUGA